AUGGAACUUCUGUCGGAGUUUCAGCCUGUUUUUUUUGUUCGCGUUCGCGCUUGUAACUUAGGCCUUGUACCAUCUAUUAUUACCCACAUAGAUCACGAAGUUCUACCUACUGGCGUCGUUGGUGUUCAUCGAUGUUCGCCCUUCGAGAUGCGGUCCGGCCCGAAAUCCCAUCUGGGCUGCCGGCAGUGUAAGAAGCGUAAAGUCAAGUGCGAUGAAAAGACCCCAGCUUGUAGUGCUUGCAUUAGGCGCCGAGAGGCAUGCUCGUACCUGGACGUCACACAACAACAUGCAUCACACGUCAAAGCCUCAACAGCCUCAGCAGCCUCCGAGCAGAGAAGUCAGUGUCCGCCGGAGCCGAGCUGGUAUACACCCACACUGGACAUUGAUCUAACACAUUACUACCUCAUGCACACAUGCCGGACCAUCAUGUUCGACCCACGACGCCGCAGCUUCUGGAGAGAAAUCAUCUUUCCCCUUUCCUUCGACUCCACCGCCCCCGACGAACCUGAUCUCACCGUGCUUCACGGCCACCUCGCAACUGCUGCCCUCCAUAAGAUCGCCGUCGCCAAUCCCUCACCAUCUCUCCAAGAAAGGUACAUCGCAUGUGCCGCUGACCGUCAGUCCAAAGCCGUAUCCACCCUGAUCCGCAUGCUCGACGCGCCCAGCCCUAAGAAUGCACCCGCGCUCUUCACGCUCUCCGUCCUCGUCACCAUCUGGGCAUUUGCAAGCCGUAGCCUGCCAGCCGAACUCAACACCAUCUCCAUCUCUCGCCUUGCACUCCGCGAUGGCCAUGAGCCGCACCCUGAAGCCCAGCACGCAUGCCAGCAUGACGGCAAGGCAAGCCCACCCACUCUUGUCCCUCAUCGCUGGCACCUCGAAAACCUCGUGACCAUCAUCCAUGUAACCCAGGGCAUCCGCGCGAUCACACUAGGCUGCUCUGCGUGGCUCCGCGACCUCUCACCAGAAUUCAGUCACAUGAUGACCAUGCCCGGGCCGCCGGGUCCCGCGACGCCUGACUCUCUUGCCGCGCUCCUCGCGCUCGAGGCUCAUGUACGGGCUACCCAACCCGCUCGGGACGUCGAGAUGUACAUAACCGAGAUUCGCCGUGUAGAAGUCAUGCUCGCCCUACAACUAGACGCAGAAACGCGCGAGAGCCUGUUGGGCUGGCUGGCGGGACUAGACCAGGCAUAUGUGCGAGUGCUUGCGGCUGGAGAGCAGGCAGCGCUGGCGAUACUGGCGUUUUGGGCGGGGACUUUUUAUACGAUGGACGAUAGGUGGUGGGCACGUGGAUGGGCGGUGGGUCUUGUGGAAGAGGUAUAUGCGGCGGUGGACGAGAAGUGGCGGGUGUAUCUGGAGUGGCCGUUGGGUGCUAUUGGGAGGCUGGAAUUGAGGGAGAUUACUUGA